CUUUUUAAGUUAUAAAUCAUAAGAUUAACCAACGCAAGCCAUCAUUACAACUGCAUUAGUUAAAAACAAUAAAAGUAUAACAUUUUCAUUUAAAACUACAAUGACAAACUUCGAUUAUGUAAGCCAAUUUAUAAUUUAGUUUUACUACAAAAUGUCGACCGAAGAAGAAGUUGCUGAUGUUGAUUCAAUUGGAGAAUUUGAAACUUCUGAUGAUGAAACUAAGUCAGAUGAAACAAUUACCUUGGACAAUAUAACGGAGGAGACCGAAAAAGAAGCUGUUGAUGCCGACUCAACAGGAGAGUUCGAAACUUCUGAAGAUGAAAGCAAGUCUUUGAAGCCGUCGACCCAAGAGCUGGAAGCGAGCAAAACAGGGCAAACGAAUUUCCUCGAAAGCAGAACGGAGGAGAUUGAAGAAAAAGAAGAUGACGUUGACUCAAAAGGAGAAUUUGAACCCCCUGAAGAUGAGAAUAAGCCAACUAGCGAAGAGUUGGAGAAGGGAAACAAAGAGCAAUCAAUCACUCUCGAAAACAAAACAAAAAUAACCGAAGAAGAAGAUGAAGAAGAUGAAGAAGAUGAAGAAGAUGUUGGCGUUGACUCUGAAGAUGAACUCAAAACCGAAGUUGAGAUCAAUUUUUCCAAGCCUGCGUUGGAGACCGAAGAAGAUGCCGAUGUUGAUUCAAAAGGAGAGUUUGAAACGCCUGAAGAUGAGAUCAAGUAUUUAAAGUCGGUCAUUCAAGAAUUAGAGGCGAGGAACAAGGAGCAAACAAUUACCCUGGAAAACAUAACAGAAGAGGUGAAGGUGUUCACGGAGGAAAAGGAGGUUGAGUUGAGUGACUUGAGAGAGGAGAGCAGUCAUUUGGAGUUGCAGCUGAAGGUGAUGGAAGAGAAAAAUAGAACUCUCAUGGCACAGUUAGAAGAAGCCAAACAGAACUUGCUGCUAGCGAAUUCAGACGGGCCAGAGUCAAAUGAAGAAAUGCGGAUCAGAAUGGCGACUGAGCUAGAAGUCAUCUCCAUCACUGCGAGGGGGGCGGGGAAGUUGAUGCAGUUAAUUGGUAAGACACCCACUUUCGACAUCCAUGAUCUGCAGAAGAGGAGGGCGGGUCAGACUAGUAUGGAGAGAUGGGCUGAUGAACAGAUGAGGUUAUGGGGGUUAAUCAAUGAGCUUUACAUGGAAAAGAUGGAUCUCCACGAGGAUAUUGUUCUGAAGGAUCGAGAAAUUGACAAUCUGAAAAAUCAGCUGAAGGAUCUCGAGGAAUCCAGCGAGAAAAACGAGCAAACGCUGAAAAAGUCGCUCGAGUACAAAAUCGCACAUUUGGAAGAUGAACUUAAUAACGCCGAGGACGAAAACGAAGAGCUGAAGGAAGAAGUAAAUUCGCUGCAAAGCAAGCAAACCGAACAAACGCGACAGCUGCAGCACGAGUUAGACGAGCUGAAAGCCGAAAACGCACGACUGACAAAAGAAUUAGAACAAAAAGUUGAUAAAGACGAUGAUUUAAAGUUGAAGAGUGCUAAAGAUACUCAUGAGUUGGAAGAAAAAAUCGAAACUCUAACCAGUGACCUCGAAAAAGCUGACAAGGAAAACAAACUUCUCGAAAAAGAGAUUAACGAUCUAAAGACCUCAUUGGAGGAGGCGGACAAAGAAUUCGACCAAUCAGAAGCCAAGUUUCUGCAAGACAUUGCCAAACUGAAAACAGAUCUAGAUCUGAAAGACAAAGAGGUCAAAGAAGCGAACAAGCAGAUUUUGGGACUGAAGAAAGAAGUAAGCGAAGCGGACAAAGAUAUCGACGAGUUGGAACAGGAAAUAAAGAAGUUGAAAAAGAGGAAAAAAAGUGAAGAACAGACCUCAGACCUUGUUUUGCAGACAAUAUCGGAAAGUGAAGAAUUCCUUUCCACUAUUACCAAUAAAACUUUGAUUAAUUCAUCUUCUGAUUCUGCUAAUUCAAUCCUUCCCGCCUCGAAUUCUGGCGCUAAUUUCCUUUUGGACGGUAGCGAAAUAACAAAACUAGAAGAGCAGAAGUCGCAGCUUCAGACAGAUUUCAACGCCCUUCAAGACGACAUCCUCAAAAUCAACUCGUACAAGUCACAGAUGAAAGAAGAACGCGACAGACUGAGAAUUGAAACCCAACGACUCAAAGACGAGUUAGCCGAGGCGAGAGACGAGAUCGAACGACUUAAAUCACUCCAAAAACAACAGUCAAGCGAGAAUCAAAAAGUUGUUGCUGAAAAACUAGCAGGGUUUUCAAAAAUAACGGCUGAAAAUGAGCAACUUAAAGAGCAAAUUGAGGAGUUAGAAAAAGAACUUAAAAAUAACAGAAGUUCUCGCAGACAGCAGUUAGAAGAACAGAAGAAAUUGCUGGAACAAAAAUCGAAAGAGCUGGACAAGUCUAAAGGUCUGGUUGAUCAACUAAAUCAUCAAUUGGAAAUCUUGGAAAAAGAAGUGAGAAAUAACGAACGACUGGCCGAAGAAAUAGACGAAAAACAGCGGACUGUACUUGACCUUGAAAGGAAAUUAAGAUUUCACAACCUAGAAAAAGAAGAAAACAAAGCCCUAGCCCAAGAAAUUGCGGUGUUGAAAAAGGAAAACGAAAAUCUAAUCAGCAAGACGCUCAGCAUGACCUUCGAAGUUGCCAAUGACAAGAUGAAAACAUUAGUUUUUCACGGAAAAGAGCAGACGAAUGAACUCAUUCUGAAACUGUACUAUGUUUUCAAGGAACAACUCGACAAAAUAAGGCAGACAAGACCAGAUACUAUUAAUUUGAAGUCAGAAAUUUGGCUCGAUAUGAAUCUGAAAGAUCACGGUAGACUAUUUUACUUAUUUAGAUACAAUCGAUAGACUGAAUAUAGUUUUUUAUUUCAGAUACACUAGU